AUGGCUGCAAAAGAUCCUCAAACACCCAGCGGCAGCAAUGCAAGAGUCGCAUACCUAACCCUCUACAAUACUCUCUUUGCAGCACUAUGGGCAUCCAUCUUCCUAACCGUCGCCUCGACCGCCUUAUCCCAGGGUAGACUCGCAAUCUACCAAGCCGCCGAACCGCGCUCGCGAUGGGUGCAGACGCUAACCCUCAUUGAGGUUGUUCAUUCCGCCGUGGGCCUCGUCAAAUCCCCAGUCGGCACAACAGCCCUCCAAGUCAUCGCCCGCACCAUCAUCGUCUGGAUGGUCUGCUACAGCUUCCCCGAGACCACGGCGUCUUCCGCCGCAUACGUGGCGCUGCUGCUCUCGUGGGCGACGGCUGAUACCGUGCGCUAUGCCUACCUUGCGCUGAACUUGCAUGGCAAGGCGUCUGAUGCCCUUGUUUGGGUGCGAUACACCAUGUUCUACCCCUUAUACCCCAUCGGCAUCGCCUCGGAAUUCUGGCUCCUGUCCCUCGCUAUCGACCCUGCUUCCCGCAUCAGUGCCUUCAUCCCGCCUGUGUUCUCCUUUUGCUUGUUGUUGUACAUCCCCGGAUCUUACACCAUGUACACCUACAUGAUCAAGCAGCGCAAGAAGACACUCGCAAAGAUGAAGAAGACGCAAUAG